AUGGCAGAACCUGUCAAACUUUACGUUUAUGACCUUUCUCAAGGCAUGGCUCGGACCAUGUCCCUGCAGCUUACUGGUAAACAAAUAGACGGAAUUUGGCAUACGUCAGUAGUUGUUUAUGGGCAAGAAUUUUACUUUGGUCAAGGUAUCAUGACCUCCAUGCCAGGCACUACUAUGCAUGGACAACCGUUAGAGAUCAUCGACAUUGGCGAGACUUAUUUGCCUUUGGAGGUUGUGGUGGAAUAUAUAGACAGUCUCCGAUCGAUUUAUACAGCCGAGAAAUAUCACUUAUUAGAUUUCAAUUGCAAUACAUUCUCAAACGACUUGUGUCAAUUUUUAUGCGGACAAGUGAUUCCAGCUCAUAUCACAAGCCUACCUUCUGAUUUCCUGAAUACGACUUUUGGACAGUCGAUAUUACCUAUGAUUGAGAAUAUAUUUGGCCAAUCCAAACUGAGAUCAUCCCUAUCCACAACAGCAACAGCACAGCCACCAAUAACAGAUACAGCCGGCGCUUCCUCCCUUUUACAGGGUAUUUCAUCUGCAGCCACGUCUGCAGCACCCGUUCAAGCUGAUCCUGUUCAAAUAGCCAACUCAGCAUCUGUUGUGGACGGCUUCAUCCAGUCUUAUAAAGCGGUCAUUGUGUUUUUCACUUCAGCCACUUGUCCUCCAUGCAGAAUGAUUAAACCAGAUUUUGAAAAGCUCAUACGAGAUAAAAAUGAUCCUCAGCAGCAACAAAAGAAAAUCAAGAUUCUGGGCGUCAUUAUGGAUCUCUCCAUGUCUAUAGACGGCGCUAAAUAUGGUGUGCGAGCAACACCUACCUUUCAGCUAUUUUUAAACGGCAACAAAUUUUCAGAAUUUCGAGGUGCAAAUUAUGCAGAGUUGAAAAGUCAAGUAGACAUGCUAUUGUUUGAGGCUUAUCCACCGCAUCCCCACCGAAAAAUUUUGUUACGCUCUAUUGUGGACCAGCCUAAUGUACCCAUAUUAUAUACGCAGCCUGGAAAGUUGGACAUGAUCUACGGCAAAUUAAAGGAAUUCAUCAAGCAGACAGACAUACACUUGGACGAAGAUCAACAACGGAUUCUCGAUCAGUCAAAGCAGUUGUUGGAAGGCAAAUGUAAAGAGCUGGAUUUUAACCAAUGGACAUCAUUUGUUGAACAUCUAUUAUGCAAUCUCGCUCUGGAUAAACUGUUCCCACUUUUAGAUAUCUAUAGAUCUGUGCUUGUGAAUCGGGCUGUAUCAGAACUUUACGUCAAAGAGCGUAAGAACAAAACCCUAUUGACAGAUAUGAUUUUACUCCGAAUAUUUGAACUAGUGUCUUCAACAUCAUCCGCAACAACAAAGGAAGGUACAUUAUCUAAAGCAACGUGGCUAAUGAUCCUGAGAGUCGCUUGUAAUACGUUUGCAAACCCGAAACUAUCAACGACACAUUUUACAUCCAAACUUCCUGCAUCACAUCGUAAUGAGACCACUCAAAUGGUAGUGACGAGUCUCUUAGCAGAGGAUGCUCAAGUAAGACAAGCAGCUGCGUCUUUAGCGUAUAAUUGCUCUACUGUCAUCGCGUUAGAAAGAUUGAAAAAGGAAGAAGGGUCCUUUACUGGUAUGGCAGAACAGGAAGAUGAUGAAUGGGAAGUAGAACUCUGCAGUGCAAUUAUUGAUGCUUUGAUGAAAGAAAGUGACGAGGAAAUUAUUCAUCGCUUAUUAGCUGCCCUUGGAAAAUUCCUCUUUUUGGCACCCCAGAAUGAUUCGUCACUAUGUGAUUUACUUUCAACUCUAGAUAUAAAGCGUAUCAUCGAAGAAAAGAAGACCUCGAAGUUAAUUGUAUCAUCCAAAGUGGUAGCACUGGCAAGGGAUUUGUGUGAAUUACUGAACCAGCAAAGCAAAAAUUAG